AUGCGCUUCUCUCUCCACGUGGCCGCCCUCGGCCUGGGGUUUGCGGCGUCCGUCGCCGCUCAGAACACGUUUGAGCCACCUGAUUUCAACGUCACGGAAGCUCUCUUGGAGCAGGGCGUCAAUGUAUCGGCGUUGCCAGAGCUUGACUCCCUAACCAAGAGAUCCUCUAUAUCUGCAUGCUCGAUUGCGUGUGACACUCUGAGGCUUCUCUUCGGCUCAUCCAACGUGAUUGAGCAAGGCAACCAAGGCUAUAACUCCUUUACCAACGCCUACUGGUCCGUUCAGCAAGAAAAUGUCGAUCCUUACUGUAUCUUCAAACCGGCAAGUGCGGCCCAAGUGUCAAUAGCAAUUUUGCUCUCUCGACUCACUCAAUGUCCCUUCGCUGCCAGGUCUGGCGGGCAUGCCGCCUUUGCCGGCGCAUCCAGCAUCCAGGGUGGUAUCACCAUGUCACUCGAGAAACUCAACACGAUCCAGCUCUCAUCCGACAAGAAGACCGCCGCCGUCGGCCCUGGGAACACAUGGUUCACCGUGUACACCGCCCUUCAGCCUGCCGGUGUGACAGUAAUUGGCGGCCGUGUCUCAGCCAUUGGAGUGGGUGGCCUCACCACUGGCGGUGGUAUCUCUUUCUUCUCCAACAUUUACGGGUGGGCCUGCGACAAUGUUGUCAGUUACGAAGUUGUGACCGCGUCCGGUAUCAUCGUUACUGCUAGCGCUACCCAGAACAAGGACCUAUUCUUUGCCCUUCGUGGCGGCGGCAAUAAUUUUGGCAUCGUGACCAAAUUCACAUUGAACGUUAUUCCUCUUCCUGGCGGCUUGAUGUGGGGUGGCGGCCGCGUGUCCCUGGAAGACCAAUUCGACGCUGUCAUCGAUGCCUUCUACAAUGUUGGCGUCAACUCGCCUCAGGAUCCCAACGCCGCCCAGAUCCUUUCGUUCGCCUAUGCACAAUCUGCUGAUCUCAACGUCGCCGCUGCCGACCUCCAGUACGCGAAGCCCGUUGCUAAUGCGCCAAUCUUCGCCGAGUACUUGUCCAUCCCUGCCAUUUCCGACACCACCAAGGUCCGCACACUGGCAGACCUGACUCAGGAAUUCAACGCCAGCAACCCCGAUGGCCUGCGCGAGACUUAUUGGGCAGCCACGUACAAGCUCAACAAGAACCACACGGCCUCGGUCCGAGACAUCUUUUUUGAAGAACUCGAAUCGAUCAAGGAUGUCGCUGGUUUGGUGCCCGCCGCGACCUUGCAGGUCAUCACCGAGGGUCAACUGGCCGCCAUGACCAAGAACGGGGGGAACCCACUGGGUCUCUCGACCUCCGCGGGUCCGUUCUUGCUGCUCAACCUGAACAUGAUGUGGACCAACGCCGCCGACGACACGAGGAUCCUCCAAACGAAUCAACGGAUUGUUAGCCGGACUGUGGCCCUGGCUCAAUCGAUGGGGCUGUACGAGGACUACAUCUACAUGAACUACGCCAGUCAGUUCCAGGACGUCAUUGCCAGCUACGGUUCGACCAACAAGGCGAAGCUGAAAAGCAUUGCCGCCAAGUACGAUCCUACCGGCGUCUUCCAGACGCUGCAGCCGGGAUACUUCAAGCUGGAUGGACCGCCUAGCCCCACUGGGCCGUAG